AUGAAAAAAUUGGAGCAAGGGAAUCAUCUGCUCCUCGUGGGCGAUGAUGGAAACGGGGAAGAGGAUUUUCCAAAGGAAUUGACCAUUGAUAACAUUAAGGUAAUGAUGCAAAGUAUUGAAAAGAAUGUGAUGGACUUGAAGGACGCUCUGGAAGAGGUGUCGUUAGAAAAGGAUGAAAAUUCGGAAGAGUUGAUUUCUGAAUUAAGGCUCGCGUUGGAACAGAGCGAGAUGCUAUUGAAAAAAAUUGAAAAUAUUGAGAUUGAAUACAAGAAGGCGAUCAAAAACGACACUGUUCUCCCUACGGAUGUUGCAGAUUUGUCUGAACAAUUGGGAUUUGUUGUACCAACUCACUUGACGAGGCCUGUAAUGAUGAACGAUCUUCACUCCGGAGAGAAGGAUCCACAAGAACAUACCGAAGAUUUGAAACUCAAUGAUAAUGAUCCGUCCGAAUCGAUAGCAGAAUUAGAAGAGCUGAAGGAAGCUCUUGAAGGUUCCAUUAACGAAAAUGAUUACAAAUUUGUUUCGUUUGACGAGUUGGAAAAGUAUUUGGUGGGUCCCCUUUCUUCAGAAUGCGAGGAAGAGGAAGACCAAACAACCAAGACCCCUCAAGCUGUGAUCGAGAAGAAUGCACCCAUCAUUUCGGCAAAAACAAAAGAUGAGCCAUUUCCUGUAACACCUGAAUUUUGCAAAGAGCUACAAAAAGAAGUGCUCAAAAGCAGUGUGAAUUCAAGUAGUAAGGCAUCGUUUCAAUCUCCAGAAUCUAUUGUAUCCACCUCUCCCAAUCCUCAAAAUGAUACUGAAAUUGAAGAAAAUAGUUUUUCUCUCACUGAGGAACAGCAACAACUGAUUGAAGAACAAGACGUUAAUCAUCUGCUAAAACAGCUUCAACUAUUCACACAAGGGUUUGGAUCUGAUUCUCCAAAGAGUACAAUCCCUAUUCGUUCAAGUUUGACUGUAAGCAAUUGUCCUCUGUAUGUUGAAAAAACAUAUCCAAGCGAAUCCAACCAAAACACUGAAAAAGACAGCAAAGAACUUGAAAAUGACGUUCAAAUUGAGGAAUUAUUGCCUUCGGCUGUGUACAAACAACAGGUUGCAAAUCUCUCUCAACAACUCGAAAUUCUCUCUCACAAGCUUUCGGAGUCGGAGAAGGAGAAGGAAAUACUUCGCAAUGCUGUCGAGGAUUAUCAAAAAGGUAGAGAUGAAUUAAUUCAUGAGCUGGAUGAAAUGAAAGAAAAAGAGAAAAAAUUCAGUGUCAUUGCUGAAUCGUUGGGUGAGCACAUUGAAUUCCAACAAGCAGCAAUUGAAAAGCUCAAGAAUGAGAGAGAUAGUAAAUAUGUAAAGCAAUCUGAGCAACUAACGUUGAUAAUAGAAACUCUAAUAAGAAAAGAAAACGCAUUAUUGAACAAUUUGGUUGAGCAAAUGCAGAGUGAAGUAAAGAGCAGAAAAGUGUUGCUCAAUGAAGAGAUGUCUAAGAUAAAACAACUUGUGAUUGAAUGUCUGGGGUCAGAAGAUGAUCAUAAUGUAGAAUUAAACGCAAGUGAUGUAUCCAUGUUCAAUGAGGAGCUGAAAGAUCUUGAGGAAUACCAAUACGGAGAAUUGCAGUAUACUUCUGAUCCAAACGACGAAAUUGAUGUAGCAGUUGUGAAAACCCUGAAUGAUCUUAGGUGUCCGGUCCCCAUUGAAAUAGAGCGCAUUGGACCUGGAGAGUAUUUUUGUGAUAGAAAAAUUGAUGUUAAACUUGGACCAAACGGAGAAGCUCUUGUUAAAACAGGCAAUAGCUUUUUCACAUUAAGCUCGUACCUCAAAAGGUUGUAUGCUCCAUUUUUUACUACCGAAAAGCAGAUAGACGAGAAUCUUAAUAGAGGCAAUCCUACAGACGUAUUACUUCAGAAAAUUGCCAAAACAAGGGAAUUUGUCAGCAACAUGCAAAUUAAGUCGAGUGAGACGUCAUCAUCAUCUAAUUCUUCACCACCUAUUUCACCUCGAAGAAUCUCUCCCCAACUACACCGAAUUUCAGAUAGCUCGAGUAUCGCAAGCUCUGUUCGUGAAGAUGAAGAAAGUUCUCCUCGUCUCCGCCUGCAACAAGCUCCUAGCCAUGACAUGAAUGAUUCCAAAGAGAGUCGGCCUUCUUCAGCGCCUCCAAAAAACAACAGAUACAUAUCUAUACUGCAGCAGGCUGAAAAGAACAAAAAGCUUCGACCCAUUAAACCUGCUCCUCAAACCAGAAGACCUCCUCCAAACAGCAUGUUAAAUGACAGGCGAAACAGCCCUCUUCCGCCCAAUUACGUGAUGCGUAACAACGAUCUCCUAUUUGUAAAGAACCAAACGAGCACCUAUCAUUACGAAGAUACACCUAAAUUGCAAUCGAAAAAACCAAUUUCCAAGAAUGCGUUAUCCUCACAUAAGGGAAAUGCUGCGUCUCCACAUACCAGCUCAUUAUUUGGAGAUGCUGACCUUUCUGACCCCAAACAAUUAGCUAAAAUGAAAAAAGAAGCUCUCAAAAUGCAAAUUCGUCAGUUCAGCCAUAAAUAA